CCAUCUUCUCCAACCCCUAAACAUCUUCGACGCCAUCAGUUUUCCUUUCUUGAUCAAAUAAAUCCCCCAAUUUAUACCUCCUUGGUCCUCUUCUAUGAAUUCAAUGGCAAGAUCCCGCCCACCAUUACCGAAAUAUCAAAGCACCUUAAGAAGUCCUUAUCCGAGAUCUUGACCCUUUUCUACCCACUAGCCGGCCGACUCAGAGUCGAGAACCAUUUUGUAGACUGCAAUGACCAGGGAAUACCCUACCUUGAAGGUCUAGUAAAACCCAACUGCCAGCUUUGUGAUUUUCUCAAUGAUCCGGUCCCUGAUGACCUCCAGAAAUUUGUCCCCUUUGAGCCAGAUGAUCAUAAUGAAUUUCCCCUAGGUGUCCAGCUCAACAUGUUCGAAUGUGGAGGCUUCGCCAUUGGUCUAAGCGUUUCUCACAAGCUCGCAGAUGGACUAUCUAUGCUCAUGCUCACCAAAACUUGGGCUGCCAUUUCCCGCGGAGAAUAUGAUAAUCUUGAAGCCAAAAUAGAGCAUCCGCAAUUUGUUUCAGCCACACUCUUCCCACCCAAGGAGAUGACCAGGUACUACUCACACGCCGGUAUCACCACGAACAAAGUAACAAAGAGGUUCGUGUUUGAUGCCUCUGCGAUAGAGGAUCUCAGAGUAAAAUAUACAGGCUUGGAAAACAAUGAGAAACGCCCGUCACGUGUUGAGACCUUAUCGGCUUUCAUAUGGAGGCGAUUUGUGGAAGCUACCAAGGGUGAUCCUGAUCAAAAUAUUGAUGAUAAGAAUAAGUUGCAUAUGGUGAUCCAGACUGUGAACCUGCGCCCCAGGAUUGAUCCACCAUUGCCGCAAAAUUCAUUUGGAAAUAUUUGUCAUUUUUUCAUGAUUAGUAGUAGUGGGGAUGAUGAUUAUGAUGAUGAAGAUGAAGAAUCUUGUCAUGGCAUGGUGAGGCGGGUACGAGAAGAAAUAAGUAAGAUUGACAAGGACUACGUGAAAAGGCUACAACAGGGUGAUGAGCACUUCAAAUUCAUGAACCGACUUGCUCAAAGUUCUAUUAGAUCUGGAGGGAAGGUAGUUACGUCUUACUUCAGUAGUUUGUGCAGAUUUCCCCUCUAUGAUAUGGAUUUUGGUUGGGGGAGACCGGCAUGGGUGGGCAUACAGCCACUACCCUUGAACAACCUAAUAGUUUUCGUCGACACCAAAGAGACUGGCGGAAUAGAGGCAUACGUUACCCUGGCGGAUCAGCAUGUCAUGGCUAAAUUCGAAAGUGACUCAUUCCUUCAAAGACGGGUGCACAAGGGCCGGUUUGAUACUGCCGUUUCAAGUUUAGCGUGUCAACCAGCCCAAUUUAACCAGGUUGCGAAAUUUCACUCCCAAGAUCAGUCGAGUGUAAUUAAGAAACCAAUUCAAAUCAAACCAUUGAAACUCGGAUCGAGGCUAUAA